CGGCAGCUCCCGGGAUGCUCCCUCUGCCCGGAGGAAAGGGAGGCAGAGGAGAGAGACGACUCUCCCCGGAGAAGAUGACACCGCUCUUCCAGAAGCCUUGUCUUAUUUCAUGCCUGGGAUUUAUCGCUCCCCUGGCAUUCCGCUCGCCCUGUCCGCCCUCACACCUCAAACAAGCCGGGGAGCUCUGCGCUGCCGGCGCUGCCCGCUCCGCCCCGCACCCGCCGUGCCCGUCCAGCGGUGGCUGCCAGGCCGGCAGCGAAGGAGCGCGGUCCCCACGCCGGGAGCAGGGAGAGCUUCGCCCCGUUUACUGAUGGGUGGCAAUUUCUAGCUUUCCCUCCCAGGCGUUCCCCGUUUGAAUCUGAGCUGUUGUUAAAAAGACACACCACCUGCUCUGUGCUGCCAGCGAGCGGGGAAGAAGGCACAAAGGCGGGGGAUGGGAAGAAAUAGUUUUGGCUGCAGACAUAGAAGAGAAAUUAAAAUAAAUAAUCUCUUUUCCCAGGAAGUGCCGGACUCGGGCGCCUUGUGGGAGGACGGUCUGAAGCGAGUGGUCAGCACACACAGAGUGUGGGCAAAGAGGGUCUGUAACCCUCCCGUCUCCCGGUGUGCCAGGUUGGAAACGCGGAUCCUCCCGAGUUUCUCUUAAGACGAGCUCAAGGACUGGUGCUUAUGCACGUACGAAGUCAAUGCUCGGUUUCCUCGCUGUUUCCACCUCUGAAGAUGGCUUUCUCCGAGCGCAGUCCUCCAGACUGGCAGGACGAGGCUGUGCCACCACCCCUCCCCAGCCCAGAAAUGUGCGGCACCCUCUGCAAGCCAGACCCCAGGGCGCUCGGUGAUUGGGAGUGCGGCGUGUGCUAAAAUGGGUCAAAAUUAGGAUGUGCCUGAAUGCUGCCUCGCGAGUUAUUUCCCUUUCCUUCUUUCCGCUACAAGCCGUGCCCGCUGCGGCGAGGAAAGCCGGAGAAGAGCGGGCUUUCCCCGGCUGCUCGGGGCGGCUGCCCCCAGCACAGACACUGAGCGGAUCGCUGACCCCUCCGCAGCAGCGCGCCGGGUCUGGGCACCCCCAUAACCUCCCGGCCCGGCCCCUCAGCACUACCCCAAAGCCUAGCGCUGACCGUAGGAGUUGGAGAGGGAAACCACGGAGAGAACCGAGAAAGAGGUUGGGGUAAGGAUGUAUGUGCGUGAGUGUGGGGAAGCCAGAUCACUUGUGAAUGGCUUGAAAAAAAAUAAUUGGGGGAGGGCGUGGAGUGGGGGAAGCGGAAACUUUCCUAUAAAACUCAGCAAAAGUCCCUCCUCUCCACGUCAGGCCAAUGACACUGCUGCCCCCAAACUUUCCGCCAGCAGGAGCUAUAAGAACCUCCAAGUCUUCAACUUUCUCCCAAUCCCAGACACCUCGAAGGGGCUCCAAGGAGGGAUCGGGAGGGAUUUUUUUUUGGUUGGCCUUUUUAUUUUUUUCCUCUUGGAUCCUGAUGCCAUCCCCCCUCCCCCCAAAGUGAGGUCCUCCCUCCUUCCUUCCCUCCUCCUUCUCCUCGCAGGCCAGCGAAGCAGCCGAUCAAGGGGGAGCUGGCGGGUUAGGUGCCCCCCUCUUCUCCCUGCCCUCCCCCCCCUCCCGGCCCGCUUCUCGCGUCUCCCCCCAGAGAUGAUGCAGCAGGACGAGUCAAACUCGCCAGUCUCCCCCGCCGACGACAGCUUGAGCAACAGCGAAGAGGAGCCGGACCGGCAGCAGCUGCCCAACAACAAGAGAGGGGGGCGCAAGCGCCGCUCCAGCCGCCGCAGCGCCGGCGGCGCCGUCGGGGCCGCGGACGAGCCCUGCAGCCCGGCCCAAGGCAAGCGGGGCAAGAAGUGCGGGGCGGGCGGGGGCGGCGGGGGCGGCGGCAGCAGCAGCGGCGGCGGCAGCCCCCAGUCCUACGAGGAGCUGCAGACCCAGCGGGUCAUGGCCAACGUGCGGGAGCGGCAGCGCACGCAGUCGCUGAACGAAGCCUUCGCCGCCCUGCGGAAGAUCAUCCCCACGCUGCCAUCGGACAAGCUGAGCAAGAUCCAGACUCUCAAGCUGGCGGCCAGGUACAUCGACUUCCUCUACCAGGUCCUACAGAGCGACGAGCUGGACUCCAAGAUGGCAAGCUGCAGCUAUGUGGCCCACGAGCGGCUCAGCUACGCCUUCUCGGUGUGGAGAAUGGAGGGCGCCUGGUCCAUGUCCGCAUCCCACUAGCAGGCGGCGUCCCCCACCCGCAUCCCCCCGGCAGGAGCCCUAGAUGACAUUGUUCCCACAGAAGGAGAGAAUGGACAAUCUAGAGACUCUGAAGUUGGAUACGAUUUUUUUUGAUCUUGUCUAACAAAAAAUGUACCAAGGAUUUCUUGGAAAUUAGAAGAGUAAUAUCCAAAUUCAAAGCAGGGCGUGGGGAGCACUUAAGGAAAGAAAGAGAGAAGGGCUUUGGACAGUGACUACCCUCUGGGCGUCGGUACAAUCCACACAUCUCUGCAUUCUGAUAGAAGUCUGAAUCGUUCGAUAUUUUUUUUUUAAUUUUGACGAAGAAUGUUGGAAUUGAACUUUUUUUGAAAAUUUUUUUAUUUGCCCUUUUUUUUUUUUUCAUGCAUGCAUUCCCAAGAGGUCGUGCCUAUGAGCCACUGAUGAAAGGAAAUACAUUAUUGCAUUAUUGUGGACUUUCUUCAUUCUUGAAUGAAACCAAGCAGCCAACCAAAAAUAUCCCUGUAGAGAUGAAAAUCUUUUUUUUUUUUUUUUUUUUUUUUUUGGGGGGAAUAAGCUGGGCUCAAGCUGUUAUAUACCCAGUUCCUAACUUUUUUAUUAUUAUUAUUUUUCCUCUGAGAAAAAAAAAAUAAACAUUUUAUUUAUUUAUUGAUGACCCAUGUUAAAAUGCAAAUAG